GCCCCCGCGCGCAGCCAUGGACGCCAAGCCCGCGCUCGCGAGGACCCCGCCGCCCGAGGUGCUGGAAGACGUGCUGCGGGAGCAGUUCGGGCCGCUGCCCCAGUUGGCCGCCAUCUGCCGGUUCAAGCGGCUGCAGUCGGGCGGCUACUCUUCCACCGAGGACCUGCAGGUGAUGCUGGAGCGGCGGCGCAUGGCCAACGCCAAGGAGCGCGAGCGGAUAAAAAAUCUCAACCGUGGUUUUGCCAAACUGAAGGCACUGGUGCCAUUUCUUCCCCAAAGCAGGAAGCCUAGCAAAGUUGAUAUCCUCAGAGGUGCGACUGAAUACAUACAAGCUCUCAGUGAUAUUUUGGAGGAAGCCAGAGACUCUGAGAAACAAGACCCAGAUCAUCAGAACUAUAGCAACAGUACUUCUGAACCACACAUGUCCUUGGCUAGAGAGCUAUCGAGUAAGGUCAUACAACAUGCCGGCUGUGCUGCGGGCUUGAAGAAUGAGGAGGAAGGUUCCUUGGCAGAUGGCGACAGUGGUGAGUCAGCACACACUUGUUGCCAGAGGGCGAUGUCUGUGAUGGGAGUUACCUCCCCAACCAGGAGUCUGGUAAAGUGUUUCUUCUUAAAUAGGUUGAUGUCCAAAAACUCAUAAUGCAUCCCUUGGGCAUGAGGUAUUGGCCAUAUUAAAACAUGACUGA